CACAGGACGUGGAAAUCCGGUCCAAUGCUGCUGCUUACCUACCCCAGAUCACCCAGCUGCUCAACAACGUCCCCCGCCAGAUGCUGCUGCUGCUGAAGACCAAUGACUUGCUACGAGGGAUUGAGUCAGCCCUGCACACACGGGCCAGCGCCAGCUCCUUCCUCAACAUGUCUCGCUGCUGCAUCAGAGCUGUUUCCACGUAUCAGAGGAGCAGGACUCACUUGCUUUACAGAAGGGUGCAGAUCUCACUCAUGGAAACCCUGAGCCUGUGGCAGAUCAACUUGUAUGAACUCUUCCUGUGGUUGAAGGGGUCCUGGCUGGGGAAUCGAGUUAUUGCUCUUCUAAGCCAGAUGCACCAUUCCACACACUGACGUGAACUGGUGGGAGAGGCCUGGGCACUUGCUCUCUCCUGCUCUUCAUGGCACAUUUGACUUUCUGACUGAUUCUGUCUAUUCCAUGGGCUAUUUGGGGGUCUAUUUCUUUGUGACAUGCUGCACUGUCCCUACCUGUUAAACA